UCGCCUGCUUUAAACUUUCUCUUCACUCACUCCGUUUAUCCAAUUCCAUAUAACUCCAAAGCAAUACCCCGUAUCUUGCCGGAGAGAAGAAUCCACACCAAAUUUUAGCUUUUCUUUCUCUUCUUAUUUCCAUUUUUCCUUGUCUUUCUUAUACUCUUCUCCUUGUCUUGCUUACUCCAAACCUCAAACCCAGCGAUAAAAACAAGGAUUGGAAUUGACCAUAACCCAAGAUUGAUGAAAACAUAGAACUGUGAGGCCGGGGCUUUCUGCUGAGAUCAUCCGUUUUCACCUUUCUAGGUCUCAUCUGAGCUGUUGCUAAACAGAACUGCUAAUACGCCCUUCUUGUAUCAAGAUUUUGGGGUAAUAUAACAAGGUCUGCUCGAUGGCAUCCAACUCGGCUAGGUCGAGCAAGAACAUGAGGAGGUUAGGAUCAAAGAAAUCACAUUCCUGGUGGUGGGAUAGCCAUAUUAGUCCCAAAAACUCCAAGUGGCUUCAAGAAAAUCUUGAGAAGAUGGACCAGAACAUAAAGAGGAUGCUGACUUUGAUUGAAGAUGAUGGGGACUCGUUUGCAAAGAAGGCUGAAAUGUAUUACCAGAAGAGGCCAGAAUUGAUCAACCUCGUUGAGGAUUUCUACCGCAUGUAUCGCUCUUUGGCCGAACGUUAUGACAACGUGACCGGCGAACUCCGGAAAAACAUUCCCCCUGAUCUCCAAUCCCAAGGCUCUGGCAUCUCCGGUGCCGGUUCUGAACCGACUUCUUCCUUGCCUUCUCCUCACCACAAACCUGGUGGGCUCCGCCCCGCAGGAUUUGAGUACUUCCUUGGAAGUUCAGGAAGCGGCUCGGUUGCAGGAGAUGAAUCUUCCACAUUGGAUUCCGAGUCAGAAUCUGAUGAUGCUUCUUCCAUCAAUAAUUAUUCAACCACACUCAGCCAUGAUGACGACCAUGUCGGCUUACAAAAGAAGAUUACCGAUUUGGAGAAUGAAAGAGUUCAUGAGAAUGCCGAUCCGGAAGCAGAAGUUGUGGACCCCGUUGAAUUAAAAAAGAUCGAGACUCUCGAGGUCGAGUUGAGGAUUGCUAAAGAUAAACUGAACGGUUCAGAGGAGGAGAUAAAGAGCUUAAGAAACGAACUUAAAAACAAUGAAUGUUUAACAAAGCAAUUACAGAAAGAUGUGUCUGUUUUGACAACCAAACUUGAUAAGGAGAAAAGAGAGGUCUCCAAGCUUCAUGACCGGAUAACGAGGUACAAAACCAAUCUAUCAGAAAGAGACCAGGAAAUCCGGGGAUUGAAGGAAUCAAUGUCCAACGCAAACAAGGCUUUAUCAGAGGAGAACUCACAGAUACAAGAGGAUAUUACUAAACUCUUGAAGGAAAGGGCCUACUUGGCAGAUAAUGUCAAAGAAAUGGAUGUACGGUGCCAAUGCUUAGAGGAGGAGCUGAAACGGGCUUUGGCGGGAAAAUCUGAAAUGGAAGCUUCAUUCGUUUUCGAUAUUGAACAGUUAAAAGCAACCAUUAACGAGAAAGAUGGUCUCGUGGAAGAAUUAAAGUUGAAGAAUAAUGAGCUUAAUGAUAGCAUAGAUGAAAUGAAGGAGCACUUGCAUGACUUGCACAUGGAACACGUGCAGUUGAUUAUGGAAACUGACAGCGCACAUAAACUUUUAGAGGAAAUGAAGUCGACCGUCAAUGAAAUGGAGACAGAAAUACAGAGACAACAAGAGAUAAUCGAGGAAGGGGCCGAAGAGAAACGGGAGGCUAUACGACAGCUUUGUUUCUCUCUGGAACACUACAGGAAUGGGUAUCAUCGCCUUCGGCAAGCUGUUAUGGGCAACAAAAGACUACCUGUUAUGGUGUCCUGAAAUCAUAUGGGUGCUUGAAAAGAACACUUGCUUUUUCUCUUUUGCUUUCCAUUUUUUGUUUUGUGAAGUUUUGUUACAAUCUUGAUCAUCCUGGUUCAUGUGUUGAUAUGCAUAAACGUGAGGUGUGGGUAUUUUUCCAAAGGUUAUGUUUCAAUUUUUGGGAAUCUAGUUUUUCACUUUUUUGUUGGUCUUUUGAUGUAUAAACGGUUUAAGUCUUGUUAUGUAUUAUAAGAGGAUGAACAUAUGUUGCAUUGUUAAUAUUUUGGCCGUUUCCAGCAAGGCAGUAAGUACAUUUCUUUAUCUUUUUUUGAUUUUUUUUUAUACAGGAAAUACAAUAUUUUGUCA